AAGUUCGCCGGCAGCAUCCAGUGACAUCGCGGAGCUCGACGCGCGCGCACCGUCCAACGCGCGGGAGGAUCGAAUCUGAUUUCAGAACCGUCGCGAAUAUCGCGUAGGUAAUAAUAAUCUAAAUUUGAACGCGGUAAAAAUUUGUUUCGAGUGCGCUGAUUCUCGCUCCAUCGUGAUCGUCGGUAUUGACUCGGCGAUCCUCCUCGGUUUUUGACUCCUGCCGCUAAAGGAUAGUGUUCAUCUUCGAAGUGACGUACGGUGUAAAUCAACGACGAGAAAAAGAAAGAAAAGGAAUAGAAUCGUGCGUGAUUUUUGGCGGUGCGGAUCGAUAAAUGCGUGAUACAAUGCGACACACGCUCGAGGACGAUGCAACGAUGGGAAUGGUUUCCGGCAUCCAGUGAAUAGUGGCGAGAGGGUCGCAAAUCGUCGCGACCGCCGAUGACAGCUCGUGACACCACGUGUUCGCGACGUCAUUCGAAGACGACGACGACGACGACGACGACGACGACAACGACGACGGCGGUGACGGUGACGGUGACGACCGGGGGUGACGUUAGCGACGGGACGAUCUGUCGCGGCAGUGCCGUGAUGCGUGUAACGUGUGUGCAAGCUGCAUCUGGCAGUGCGUUUUGAUCGAAUGUUAAGGGAUUGACGGCUCAGGUAACGGCCCUAAUUCCGUUUAUCUUCAAUGUGCUGCUUAUUGUAGCGCGAAUCGCCGUAGUUUGGAAGUAGUUGUCCAAUGUGUUUCCGACUUUGAAAAUUGAAGAUUACUCACAGAGGGUCGAUUGAGAAUCGAAUGAGACGCGAACUACGUUAGGAUGGUACGAGGGUGAAAUCACCAAGAGACGUUCGUCAGUAUGCUGCGGAUAUUGAUAGUGGUAACGUGCUUCGAGAUAUCGACGCUCGCCAAUGCACAGUCGAAAGGAACUACUUCUUUCGAUAAUGAUACGAACAGCGACGAACCUGAGCAUCCGAUACCCGUGGAGUCGAUACAGGGGGUGGCGGGCCAGAGGACGAUUCUGCCGUGUAACAUACAGCCCCGCGAGUCGAAUGACGCCGUCUCCAUGGUGCUCUGGUUCAAAGAGGACAGCGGCGAACCUCUGUACAGUUACGACGCGAGAAGUCGACAAUUCGGAAAAGCGAAAUUGUGGAGUGCCGCACAUUUUUGGGGCCAUCGGGCAUCUUUUCGUGCGAGUCCGCCGGCGCAGCUGACACUUCAGGACCUUCGACAAAGUGACGAGGGUGUCUACAGGUGCAGGGUCGACUUCCGAAACUCUCCGACGAGAAACUUGAAAGUUAAUCUCACCGUUAUCGUGCCACCGACGAAGCCGAUAAUCUAUGACGCGAAGAGGCGAGACAUGAGUAAACUUCUCGAGGCUUACCCGGAGGGAGCUGACCUAUUCCUGGUCUGCGAGGUGCAUGGAGGUAAACCUAGACCGCAAGUCUCGUGGUAUCUCGAAUCGCAGAACAUCCAUGCGUCUACGGAGGUUCGAGAGACGCCGGGGCCGGGAGGAGAGACCAACGUCGUAACCAUCAGCAACGUGACUGUGAAAGCUCUCACGAGGAGGCAUCAUCACGCCAAGCUGUCCUGCCGAGCGAAUAACACUCAAUUAGCGCCGCCACCCACCACCACCGUCGUCAUAGAGCUUAACAUGAAGCCGCUCAAGGUGGAGAUUUUGGGGAAGGACCAGAUCCUAUCGGCAGGGAAGACGUAUGACGUGAAGUGUCAGAGCUCCGGCUCGAGGCCGCCGGCGGCCCUGACUUGGUGGAAAUCCUCGAAGCAGCUGAAGGGACAGAAGAAAAACGACGGCGUGAGUCUGCAAUUCACGCCGACGGUAGAGGACGAGGGGAAGUUCCUGGUGUGUCGUGCCGAGAAUCCGAAGCUGCCGGAAGCCGGUAUCGAGGACCGAUGGAAGCUGAGAGUGCACUUUGCGCCCAUCGCUAGUCUCAAGAUAGGUUCCACUUUGAACCCGAAGAAUAUCAAGGAGGGCUCCGACGUUUACUUCGAGUGCAACGUCAGGGCGAAUCCCAGAUCGUACAAACUGACCUGGUUCCACGAGAAGGUGGAGCUGCAUCACAACGUCACCGGCGGCGUGGUGCUCUCGGAUCACUCGCUGGUGCUGCAGAGCAUAACUCGGGAGUCUGCCGGAGGGUACACCUGCAUGGCCGCGAAUGUCGAGGGCCGUGCCAAGUCCAAUGUAGUCAAUCUCGAGGUUAUGUUCGCGCCCGUUUGCAAGUACGUGCUGAACUCGGCCGGAGGUUGGAGGCACCAGAACGCCACCCCGCCGCCGUUCAACGUGCCCGAGGAGGUGCACGGUGCCCUCAAGCACGAGACCAUAAGUUUAGUUUGCGAGGUCGAGGCCAGUCCCACCAAUGUGACCUUCCACUGGACCUUCAACAGCAGCGGCGACCUCAGCGAGGUUCCGUCCACCAACUACACGAACGAGGGUACAAUCAGCAGGCUUAAUUACACUCCGGUAACCGAUACGGAUUACGGGGUCCUGGGCUGCUGGGCCAGCAACUCCAUCGGCCACUCCAAGCAACCCUGCCUCUAUCAGGUCAUUGCCGCAGGCAGACCUUACCCGUUGCAGAACUGCACGACUUACAACACGAACGGUUCCUGGGUGAGGAUAUCCUGUGUCGAAGGAUACGACGGCGGUCUGCCGCAGAAAUUUGUCGCCAUGGUGGGCAAACGACGUCUGGAAUCAUCUCUUCCUUUCUGGGAGUUUCCGAUGCUCAAGCCGGCGAAAGUCGCCCUUUACGCUGUGAACGCGAAGGGUUCGAGCGAGCCGUACAACAUUGAAGUCGUCUUGAAAGGGGUAGCUAAAUUCACCGGCGAAUCGACGUCCUCGACCGACAUGUCACCGAUCUUGAUUGGACUUGGUGGCACGGCGACCGGCUUAGGGUUAAUUGUGACCGGUGUACUAAUGGCACUUUGGAGAAGGCACGCGGCCACCCCGGCGAAGCCGAAGCCGCCCCAACAGCCCAGCAUCGCGACUUUCGCGGGGAAGGGCGAGGAGGAAGACGGCAACCCGGAUCUUAUACCUACGACGGCCUUGACCAACCAUCUAACUGACAGAAAGCUUCCUCGUUACGGGUCCCUGCCACGAAGACCACGUCAGCUGGAAGGACGCGAGAUGUCCCACGACGUCCUAGAAGAUUCAGAUUAUCCGAGAGCAUCGCCGAACACAUUCUACAGUCUUCAGAGGCCGCACUCGGAGUCGAUCAGCAGGAGUAUUCAGGAAAGUUGCAUUUAAGGGUCAAACGCCGGCCGAGACAUUAAGAAUGGUGGGCGGUCGACAGUCUAGACGGAUGGACGAGAAGAUCCAGACGUCUGCUGCGUCGUCUAACUUCCGGGUCGUCGACCAUCGUUCAACAGGGUAUAGGAGGCCCCUGGACCAUGGCAUGAUGGAGGCUGGGAGCAGGGAGACUAGGGAGGGUGGAGCCACACGCUUGUGCCACGUUUUGCACGCGCUCAAGCGUACCAAAGUCAUUUAUAUAGCCACUUGAUUCACACUACGCCUUUGUAAAUAUUGUAUAUAAAUAAAACACUUUUUCGUGUUACAACCCUUUC